AUGAGUUUCCUCGAGUCGUCCCAACGCCAGUUGGACCCGCAGGAGCUCGCCCACUUCGACCCGCUCCCGUCCCACGCACAGCGCAUGCAGCUCAACAUGCACCACUUCGACCACAACCAGCACCUCCCAAACUCCCAUACCGCUUCCGUCCGUACUCCCGAUCACUCCACCAAGCCUCCUAAGCUCGGCCAGACGCGCUGCUACUGGACCCUCCUCUCCGCCGACCUCCGCUUCCUCUACCUCGACCCCGUCCUCGCCGAUCACCUCGACGAGCAGGCGGGUCUCCUCAUCGGCAAGUCCCUCCUCGACUUCGUCCACCCAGAGGAACAGGCGUCUGCAAAACAGGACCUCCGCAAUGUGCUCGACAGCAGGACCAUGCAUGGCAGCGUCACCCGUAUGCGUUAUUCACGCCUUACCCGCGUGCGUCGCCUGCUCGGCCACCAGGGCCCCUUGACCAGCUUCCCAGGCGUUGACAAGGUCACCAUUGACUCUGACUAUCUCGCCGUCGACCUCGUUAUCAACUGGGCCGCCGAGGACCUCGUUCUCUGCUUCAUCCACGCAUGCGUCGACCUCACACCCUACGACAAUGACGAGCUCUCAAAAUCCCCGUGGUCUAAUUGGUGCGGCACGCCUGAAAUGAGCCAAGAGCAGUGCAACCUCCUCUACCAAAGCCUCCUUACCAAUGUUCCCCAAACCGGCACCGUCUCCCGCGUCUUCCAAAUUCUGCUCCAUCAGCCGGAAAGGCCCCUUCUCCAGAGCUGGCCACCCGACUUACCUCAGACUCAUGGCCCAACGGCUCGGGACUUUGCUAGACUGUCGGAUGAGAUCCAAAUUGGACCUGGCGCCCGGAAUGGAAGCGACGCGAAAACGAGCUGUACGAGGCGGUACAAAGCCUCGCAGUCCAUGACAUCCUCGGAUGGCGUAAGAGAGGUCGAAAGUAUAUUCAUCCCACACGGUUCCAUCAUCUUCGCCUGCCACAAAGUCAACUCCCAGCAGCAGGAGGAAAACCGUCCUUCAUCGGCCCUCGCUCCGACUAUGCAACAAACCCACUACGACGCUAGUAGCUACACUAUGGCUCCUCAAAACCCGCAACAAUACUUCCACGAACCCCCGUCGACUGCAGCAAACUCUUACAGCCUCUCGUCUCUUCCCAACCCCAGCGCCACAGCGUAUAGUAACCUCUUCUCUCAGGCCCAGUCCCAGCAGUAUUCCUCCCAGCAUCAGUGGCCUCCUCAGCCUCAAGACCCGUACUCCAGUUGGCCGAACACACCGUCGUCUGCGUCGUUUGGGACACAACAGCAAAUGCGUCCGUCGUCGUAUCCUCCGCCGCCACAGCAACAGCAACAGCAGGCGCCGGCACAUUGGGCGACCUCACCGUUCCCGGAGUCGACGGAUCCCUUGGGGCAGUCGUUCCCCCGGUCGAUUUCACCAGCGUACAACUUCCACUCCGGUGGCGAGGCUCGACAGCCUAGUCCGCAAAACCUGAUGAUGUCCGACAAUGGAGUCCCACCGCCGCGCCCAGGCCAACGUCGGGUUAGCCCGAGCAACUCAAGGGAUCAGUACGGAGGAGGCGGCCGAAGUGCCGGUCAUCCCCCUGUUGGCAUCACUCGCUGCUCCAGUUGUAGGGUUACCCAGUCGCCCGAAUGGCGUAAAGGCCCGAGCGGGAAGAAAGACCUGUGCAAUGCUUGUGGGCUCCGAUAUGCUCGUUCGAAGGCAAAGAAAGAUGGCAUCACACAGCGGAAAAGGAAGGACAAAGUCUCCGCUAUCUCCGUCAAGGACGAGCACCUACACUCGCCGAAACUCGAGCCCGUCUCCGGCUCCCUCCCCUCCGCCGCCUCGCUUUCGAUGUCUCAGCAGAUGGCAACGGCUGCUACGCCCCCGGUCUCCGUGCCCUACUCGGGUCUCAGGCGUAGCACGUACGACGACACGUCCUUCGUUUCGACGUCGCCCGCGGGAUCCGCUUCGGGUAGCGAGGCCUACUCACAUUCGCAGCCGAGCACGAGUGCGAACAAUGCCGGGAUUAGCGCCGCCGCUAGUACCAGCGCACACCCGACCCAGAAUCGUAAUAGGCCGAACAGUUUCAGUGGAGGAGGGGGCCUGACGCCGUCGCCUUCGCCGCCCGCGAACGCUAGUGGAUUCUCUACGCAGACGCAAACUUACCUCGGCCCUGGAGCUUCCUCCGUGUCGUCUCAACAGUCGUCUCAGAGUCAGUCACAGGCUCAGGCUAAUGUUCGACACGGGUCGAGUUCAUUUUACUACCCGUCGCCACUGGCGAACACGUUGCAAUCGUCUCACUCGCAGAUGCCCAGGACGGAGUCUUCGUUGCCGAACCUCUACAGUCUCGGUCAUAGCCACCAUCGGUCGUCGGACUCGUUGCUCGCUGGGCCUGGAGGUUCAGGUGUCAGUGGAGUAUCGUCUUACGAAAGGGAGAGGGAGCGACAGAGAGUGCAGAGGGAGCAGAGGGAGAAGCCCUCGGCUGGAGCUGGAGGAGCAGGCGCAGGAGGGUUGGGCUCGGACGUUGCAUUGCCGCCGACUCCGUUGAGUGCGGAUGGGAGGCACGGAAAGGCGACGUUCGUGACGCAGUGAUCAGUUGGAAUCAUUCUAACUAGUCUUGGAGUGCAGGUGAUGACUGCGCCGCGAACGGAGUCGGAAGGGGGUUUGUGUACGUGGUUAUGUGAAGGGGACUUCGCGUUUCAGCCGGGCUGCAGGAGUUUUCGUCGUCGUCGUCGUCGUCGGGCCUUUGUGAAGAUUAUUUAUUCAUUCUCCUUUUCUCCGCCCUUUUUUCGUCUUCGUUUUCAGUAUCGCAUUCGCACACGCCCAAACGGACUAUACGGCAUAUUUCUCCACUCAGGUUCAGAUUCAGUCCAACCACAACCUAUUCCAUUUCAUACCAUGAUCGCGGGUCUACUCUUCUCAACAUUUUAUAUGGCUCGUAUAACUUACGUUCUUCGCCCUUCGCCUUUCAAUCCCUUCUUUACGCGUUCUGCCUUGCAUCGUUCAUCCCGUUCCCGCAUCAGCACCAGUCCACUCAUGUCGUUAUUCGUGUCCCAAUCGUCAUCGCCAUGCUUGUUCAUUUUCCGUAUCCGUAUCCACCCACGUCCAUGCCACCCAAGUCCGAGUCCAUCAUGAUGCCCUGCCCCUGCCUGUGAGGAGUGUGUAUUACCCUAUAGUCCAGUCAGUCAGUCAGUCAGUUGCACGUACGCAUCGGCACGAUCAUAAACUAAAGUAUGUUAAACCCACUUUUUCAAUCGCCUGUCUUCGUUUUUCUUUCUUUGCCUUAUGUUCCCUUUGAAUUCUUUGGGGUCUUUGUGCGCGUUCGCUCGUCCGUCAGUCGUUCAUGCCAUGCAUCCUUCCCACCCGUUCCGAUCCGUUCUGAACCAAUUUACUUAUCCUACGCACUCCAUACAUACACGCCGCACGUUUGCCAGUAAUCGUAUUCUCGAACAUCACAUCCAGGCUCCCUUCUCGGUUCAUGAGGCUGCAGUUUCUCUUUGUAUAUUCUUCUGUUUGUUCGCAUUUCGUGUUCGUGUUCGUGUUCAUUCAUGUCCUUUCCUUCUCUUUCACGACCGCACUGUUUCGUGGGAUGGAUUCUGUUCUGGGUCUUUGUCUUCUUCACUUUUUGUUUUUCUCUUUCAUGAUUGUUCCAUUGCACCCCACUUCGUUUCGUUUCGUGCAUAACCCAUCCAAUCUCCCACUCUCCCAUCCCAUCCCGUCUCAUCCCCACAUUCCUCAUCCCCUGCA